AUGGAGGAAGCUAGUGGGCUCCACACCUAUAUUAACCAAGUGUUCAUCCGACCAGAGGGGGCUCGAGAGGAGGGAGGCGACGGCGUGCGCAGCCUUUCCUCCCCUGCCUGCGCGUCGCCGGGCAUAGAUCUGUCGGAGUGCUCGGUCUUGACCGGUUUGCCCGAUGCUUUGCUGCUGGAGGAGGAGGAGGAGGAGGAGGAGGAGGAGGAGGAGGAAGACGACGGAGAAGAAGACGGAGAGGAGGAGGAGGAAGAGGAAGAUCCCCCAGCCCGGGCUCUCAUGCCACGCUCCUCCCCGGUGCCCAGGCCUCAGCACCCCAGCGCCCCCGAAGAGAGCUGCUCUUCGUCAGAGGACGACGGGGAGGAUGACGGGCGCCACCAGCACCCUUGCUUGGCCAGGCCGCUCUCUCAGCAUCCCCCAGGCCUGCCUGGGCCACUUUCCCAGCAUGCAGUGCAGGACAGCCGAGGGCUCCCCUCCCAGCAUGCUCAAGGGCACCCUGGACUGUUUUCCCAGCAUGCCACUGCGGCUGCCACCCCCAUGGAGGAGCCCUCUCAGCACACCGCAGGCCGGCAUGUGCUGUUUGCUGAUGCCUUGGGCCUGCCCUUGGCACGCUGGCGGCGCUACCAGCCUUGGCCACCACCUUCUCCAGAGUCUCCCCCUGAGGUGGUGCCUUCCUUGCCCUCCCUUCCUCCCUCCACAAGCACCCCCUACCUUUUGCCAUCCUUUGUGUUGCAACCAGUGGGACAAGGUGAGGAUGAGAAGCUUGAACGGCUGCGCCAGGCCAAGGUGGAAUUGGAAGAGGUUUUGCCACCAGAGCCUGGAGAGCCACGGGUGCUACGUGGUACUGUGCGUGUGCUCAACAUUUCUUACCACAAGGCUGUGCAUGUGCGGGCCAGCAAAGACCGGUGGCAAAGUCACCGGGAUUAUCCCGCCCUCUAUAUUCCAGGGGGCUCACCAGAUGGAGGCCUGACUGACCGCUUUGCCUUCCGCCUGGAUUUUGGUGAUGAGGAUGAGGAAGAUGAGGAAGAAGGAGGAGCCCGGCUUGAUUUUGUGGUGCGCUAUCAGACGGAUGAAGGAGUUUACUGGGCCAAUAAUCAGGGCAAGAAUUAUAGCGUGGUACUGAAGGGGGCAGCGACUUCCCAAGUUCUACCCAUGAGGUCUUGCAAAGAAGGCGAAUCACGUCGGCUCAAGAGCUGUAUGAGGCCAAUCAAAAUCAGGUAAUGCUUUCAGUGCCCUUCAUAUACCUUCCUGAAUAAGGUGCAUCUCUGAGUUAUCAGAUCCAUUCUUCUAAUCUAACUUUCUUCAACCUAGUGCCCUCCA